GUUAGGGCGAAUUUGGGCGCGAUGGAAGGCGAUGUGGGGGACAUGGAGGAUCUAGUGCUGGGCAAUCGCUCGACUCAUCACGAUCAUCGUCCAGUGAUCGAGGUGAAGUUGCGAGCUAAGCGGCGAAAUCCUUCCUCGGAUGAAUCAAAGCAAGCGAAACAAAUUCCCGGAACGCAGACAAUUUUCGUGAAAACAUUUGGCUGCGCACACAACCAGAGUGACAGUGAGUACAUGGCCGGGCAACUUCUCGCUUACGGCUAUAAGAUAUCCGAAGAUCCUGACGAGGCCGACCUUUGGCUGAUCAAUACAUGCACAGUGAAGGCACCCAGUCAGUCUGCAAUGGAAACACUGAUACGCAAAGGAAAGGCUCAAACGAUUCCCUUGGUGAUUGCCGGGUGCGUUCCUCAGGGAAGCAAGGAUCUGAAAGACUUGGAAGGCGUGAGCGUUGUAGGAGUGCAGCAAAUACAGCGUGUUGUGGAGGUGGUGGAAGAGACUCUCAAAGGUCACGAAGUCAAGCUGCUCAGGCGGAGUACGCUUCCAUCUCUUGAUUUACCCAAGGUCCGUAAGAACAAGUUUGUGGAGAUUAUUCCAAUCAACGUGGGCUGCCUGGGCUCGUGUACGUAUUGCAAGACGAAACACGCACGGGGUCAUCUUGGCAGCUAUAAGAUCGAGGCUCUGGUGAAGAGGCUGCAAGGGGUUGUGUCCGAGGGUGUAACAGAGAUUUGGCUAAGUAGCGAGGAUACUGGAGCUUAUGGGCGUGAUAUAGGGACUGAUAUUCCAACACUUCUUCAUGCGCUAGUGGCAGAGCUUCCUCGAGAUAGAAGCGUGAUGCUGCGGAUUGGCAUGACAAAUCCACCAUAUAUACUGCAGCAUCUCAAGGAGAUUGCUGAAAUUCUUCGUCACCCUUGCGUUUAUUCGUUCCUUCAUGUUCCCGUGCAGUCCGGAAGCGACUCCGUCUUGGCGGCAAUGAAGCGGGAGUACACUGUUGCCGAAUUCAAACAAGUUGCUGAUACUCUCAUCGAGCUCGUUCCUGACAUUCAUAUUGCGACGGAUAUAAUAUGCGGGUUUCCAGGAGAGACGUCCGACGAGUUUGACAAGACUAUGGAGUUGAUAGAACACUACAAGUUCCCGCAAGUUCACAUAUCUCAGUUUUAUCCUCGGCCAGGGACUCCAGCGGCACGAAUGAAGCGUGUUCCAACAGCCGAAGUUAAGAAAAGAAGCCGGCUGCUGACGAACUUGUUUGAAUCCUUCACGCCGUAUUCGGACAUGGAGGGCAAAGUGUACAGAGUAUGGGUGACCGAUACUGCAGCAGACGGAAUCCACCUCGUUGGUCAUACUAAAAGCUACGUGCAAGUGCUCCUUCCGUCUCUCCCUGGCCUUCUGGGCUCCAACGUUAACUGCAAGAUCACAAGUGUCGGGAGGUGGUCCGUGAAAGCUGAGCCGUAUCCAUCCUCACUGUGCGAUGGUGAUCACCACAGCCGUGCUCCUGAAGAAGGCUCGUCCUUCGAUCGCGAUAUCCGAGCUGGCCGUGGCGAGCAAGUUUGUGCGAGCGCUUGUCAAAGUGAUUGCGAUGCUGUAACAACGACACGAACAGCUCCGUGCUGCGAUGACUGUUCGUGCAAAUCUCACGCCGGAGAUGACCGAGAGGAGGAAGAGUACAGGAGCACGCAAGAAAACGGAGGACUAAGACACAGAUUUGAGGACAAAAGAUCGACCUUGGUUGUCACGGCGGCCGGAAAGUCAUCGAGUCGUGCCACCAGACUUUACUCCCUGGAUUGGAUUCUCAUCGCCGGGUUCCUUCUCAGCCUCUGCACGACUUUGUUCGCUCUAAGCCGGCUGGUGAAUCUUCUCAAGUGACGUUGCAGCUGUGGUUUCCAGCUAGCAAGUUGCCAAAGGCGGGACGAAGAAAAAAAAAACGAAAGCGAAGAAAAAGGAGAAGUGAAAACAGAGCCGUGCGUGUCAAGGAUUCCGGGAGUACUUACGCGCCACUUUGUCCCAAAGUUUCUCCGAGUGGAACCUUGAAAAGCAUGAGAUCAUGGACAACACGGAGAGUGAGGGAGACAAAUGUGGCAUCUUUCCUUCCUUUUUGGCGUCGUCAAGGUAGCUGUUUUUUUGUGAUCGCCUCCUCGUUCGCUUGUUUGGAUCCGUGGAUCGAUCUUCCCGUGAAGUUUUUUUAUUGUUUCUUCGCU